AUGUCGUCCUCCGGAUCCCUUCCAGAGGAGAGAAUGGACAGCCGAUACAGCACCCCUGCCCCCGAGCUGGAUGACCAUCGCAAUAGUUUGGGUGUCCAACCGGCGCAUGGGACCUUGAAUGUGCCCGCGGUCGAGGUGCAAGGCCCUACACCAAGACCAAGCGAGAUUGGAGAGAGGCAGCUCCUGUCUGUUGACGAUGCCUUACUUAAUUCGCGCGACCAAGAGAGCAAUCCAAUCACCCGGGACUUCGAGCAUGCCAUCGACGACGAAUACAAGAGUGAUGGAGAGCAUGACCCUUUCCCAGGUAGCGUGAGGCGCCCUUCCUUUCGCACGAGGAGGUACACCAACAAUCGCGAGGCGCGAACCCCGCGGCUCGCAGCAAAGCAUGAUCGCUCACGAGAUAGCUCCUCGUCGCGGUCUACAUCGCCGGCCAACUCUGUCGAGGCAUUCGCCGAACCUCGUCGAAGACAACGUGCCAACACCGCCGAAAGUCACUCGUCUUCAGUCUUGAACCAGUUCCGCAACCGGACUUAUUCAGGAGGCACUAAUCAAAGACGUCCAACCUUGAGCAACAUUAGUAUCCCUGCUGCUGCACUUACACAUCGCACCGACAGGGAUGAUGACGAAGAGGACCUUUUCCCAACUGACGAGGAACCCGGCAAGACUUACAAGAUUGACUUCGAAGAGCUCGAGGAAUUUGUCGUCCUUAGCGCGCAGGGGAAGAUUCCGGAUGAUCAGAUCACUGAGGUUUCGACCGAAAGCCGGACUUUUGGAGAUCUGCGAAAGCACCACAGUGGCAACCACGAGCCGCCCAACGCAGCCCUUAAUGGUGAAUCCUUCUUCGAAAAGCCCCUCACGCAGCAUGAUUCGAGCCAUGAUCCUCCCUCCUCGGACGAGGAGAAAACUGCGCGCAAGCCCGGACACCUGCCCGCCAAGCGCAAUGACCGGUUCUUCUUGUUCUCUUCCGAACUGACCCAGGGGCGACGGGCGAACAAAUUGGGAGAUUUUGUUGCCGAUGGUACCACAUUCCGCGACUUGUUCGACGUCGGACCGGACGGCGGAGUAUGGUGGUUAGAUGUGCUCAACCCGACCAAGGCAGAACUCGCCGUUCUUUGCAAGGCUUUCAAGAUCCAUCGUCUCACCCAGGAAGAUAUCGAGACACAGGAGGCCCGCGAGAAGGUCGAGCUCUUCUCUCAGUACUACUUUGUGUGCUUCCGUUCAUUCAAUAUGGAUCGAGGCCACGAGGACUUCUUGGAUGCAAUUCACGUCUACAUUGUUGUUUGCGCCGAUGGAGUCCUUAGCUUCAGCUACACGCCAAAUCCACACGCUAAGAACGUGCGCAAGCGAAUCGCCAAGCUCGGCGACUUCCUCUCAGUUGGUCCAGACUACAUCUGCUACGCCCUGAUCGACGACAUUGUCGACUCCUUCGCACCCAUCAUCCGUGAGGCCGAGAACGAGUCUGAGAGUAUCGAAGACCAAGUCUUCAUCGCGCGCGAGGACGACUUCCUCGCACUCCUUCGACAGAUCGGCGAAUGUCGCAAAUGUGUUCUCAACCUGAUGCGUCUGCUGGGCGGCAAGGCUGACGUCAUCAAGGGGUUUGCAAAACGCUGCAAUGACCAGUAUCAAAUGACUCCCCGUGGCGACAUCGGCCUGUACCUGGGCGACAUCCAGGACCACGUCGUGACCAUGAUGUCGAAUCUGGGCCACGUAGAGAAGAUGCUUUCGCGAUCCCACGCCAACUACCUGGCGCAACUGAACGUGGACAAUAUCCUCAAGGGCAACCGCACCAACAAAAAUCUGGCCAAGAUUACUGUUCUGGCCACGAUAUUGGUGCCGCUAAACCUCAUCACAGGGUUGUUCGGCAUGAACGUCAACGUUCCAGGCAAGGACACGGAGGGCUUGUACUGGUUCUUUGGCAUUCUAGGCGGGAUUGGACUCUUUGUCAUGAUGAGUUUACUGCUUGCACGGCGGUUGAAGGCCAUUUGA